UGGGCAGGACCUAGACUCUAACCUAUUAGUAGAGUUACUCUAAUUAACGUCCAAAAAAGAUCAAGGUUGUUGGCCAAAAGAAGGGAAGACGGCAUAAUUCACCCAAAAAAAUGUCGAAAUUGAUAGAAUUGGGGACGAAGAUCAUCUGUGUUGGUCGUAACUAUGCUAACCAUGCCAAAGAGCUCGGAAACCCCAUUCCCAAGGAACCUGUUCUUUUUAUGAAGCCAACUUCAUCGUAUCUUGCUAAUGGCGGCACUAUUCAAAUCCCCGCUUCAAUGGAUCACCUCCAUUAUGAGGCUGAACUUGCUGUCGUUAUUGCCAAGAAAGCUCGGGAUGUCCCUCAAUCUUCUGCCAUGGAUUAUAUUGCAGGUUAUGCUUUGGGAAUUGAUAUGACAGCAAGGGAACUCCAAGCAUCAAUUAAGGCUGCGGGCCUUCCAUGGCUACUGGCUAAAGGACAGGACACCUUUACUCCGAUCAGUGAAAUGAUUCCUAAAUCUGCUGUGCCUGAUCCUCACAACUUGGAGCUUUGGCUAAAGGUUAAUGGAGAAACAAAGCAGAAGGGAUCAACGAAAGAUAUGAUGUUCUCAAUUCCGUACCUCAUCAGCCAUAUAAGCUCCUUCAUCACUCUUUUAGAAGGAGAUGUGAUCCUUACAGGCACCCCGGAAGGUGUUGGUCCAGUCAAACCAGGUGAAAAAAUAACUGCUGGUAUAACAGGCCUCAUAGACGUUAAUUUUAAUGUUGAAAAACGGAGUGCUCCAGUUACCAACUGACCGAGUUAUGGAGAUCUUCUGAUUAUAUUUUAAUUCUUUGUUGAGCAAGAAGUCGACUCAGACAUUCUAUUAGCUGAUCGGGAGCUAAUUUUUAUCCUGUUAAUUCUUCGUUGAGCAAGAAGUCGACUCAGAAAUUCUAUUAGCUGAUCGGGAGCUAAUUUUUAUCCUGUUAAUUCUUCGUUGAGCAAGAAGUCGACUCAGACAUUCUACUAGCUGAUCGGGAGCUAAUUUUUAUCCUGUUGAGUGUUUUCAGUUAAGUUACUAUUUACCGAGAUAUACUACAAAGCAAUAAAGAAUUAUGCAACUGAGAGUUUCUCAGAUCUAAUGUACUAGUUAUUCUGGAGCAAGUUAAAUCGAGAUCUACAACACAUCCAAUAUAAGGGUAGAUUUUCAAA